GAGCCCAACAUCCGCCGUAGAAACGGCGGGGGGGUGACGUCACCACGGGCGUACGCGGAGCGAGCGAUUGAAGCGCGUGCGGAGCGUCUUUCUGCAGCAACAGAGACUGAAGGUCAGAGAGGCAGACACAGACAUACAGUGACAGACAACAGUGAUAUUCAGGGUUUGACAUGCCUCCCCCUGUCGGACCACCAGCCGUUCCUCCUCCAGACGGUGGGUGGGGUUGGGCCGUGGUGGGCGGGUCCUUCAUCUCUAUCGGAUUCUCCUACGCUUUCCCGAAGGCUACCACUGUGUUCUUCAAAGACAUCCAGAGAAUCUUCGAUGCGUCGUACAGUCAGGUGGCAUGGAUCUCGUCCAUCAUGCUGGCAGUCAUGUACGCUGGAGGUCCCAUCAGCAGUAUUCUGGUGAACACAUACGGCUGUCGUCCCAUCAUGAUUCUGGGUGGUUUUUUGUGUUCUCUGGGUAUGAUCAGCGCUUCAUUCUGUAAUAAUGUCAUGCAGCUUUAUAUCUGUAUUGGAGUGAUAGGAGGUUUCGGUCUGGCCUUCAACCUUCAGCCGGCGUUAACAAUGAUCGGAAGAUACUUCUUCAAGAAACGACCCAUCGCCAAUGGUUUUGCCAUGGCCGGAAGUCCAGUGUUCCUAUGCACCCUUGCUCCGCUCAACCAGUAUCUGAUCAAUGAGUUUGGAUGGAGGGGCAGUUUUCUUAUUCUCGGCGGUCUUCUGCUCAACUGCUGCGUGGCUGGAGCCCUCAUGAGACCCCUGAAAGCCCCUCCUAACCAAACCAAGGCGCUUGAGGAGAAACCCGUGGCCUCCAAAACAGAGAAGAGCACAGCCUGGCAGAACAUCAACAAAUAUCUGGACCUGUCGCUCUUCAAGCACCGUGGGUUCCUCAUAUACCUGUCGGGGAAUGUCAUCAUGUUCCUCGGCUUCUUUGCGCCCAUCGUCUUCCUGUCCCCCUACGCCAGAGACAACGGGGUGGACGAGUAUCGGGCAGCCUUUCUUCUGUCCAUCCUGGCCUUUGUGGACAUGUUCGCUCGGCCGUCUAUGGGACUGCUGGCUAACUCGCGCUGGGUCCGGCCCAGGAUUCAGUACUUCUUCAGUUUCGCCGUGUUUUAUAACGGCGUGUGUCACCUCUUGUGCCCGCUGGCAGAGACGUACACCGGGAUGGUGGUGUACGCCAUCUUCUUCGGCUUGGCGUUCGGUAUGGUGAGCGCGGUUCUGUUCGAGACGCUGAUGGAUCUGGUGGGGGCUCAGAGGUUCUCCAGUGCCGUGGGUCUCACCACUAUCGUCGAGUGCUGUCCGGUGCUCAUCGGUCCACCUCUGGCAGGGAGGUUAGUGGACGUCACCAAGAACUACAAGUACAUGUAUCUGUGCUGUGGAUCUGUGGUGGUGUUGGCCAGCGUCUGGCUCUUCAUCGGUAACUUCAUCAACUACAGACUACUGGAGCGUGAACGCAAGCAAAAACAGACAUCUGAGCAGCAGGAGAAUCAGGAGCAGACGAACGCAGACGCUGAAGCAUCACAGCAGCUCUUUGAGGAUCAGGGCGGUGUCGUACAGCGAGAAACAAACAUUUAAACUCUCGUGAGGUCUUUAACACUGCCAAAACACAUCAUAAAGUGUGAGUGUUAGAAAGGGGUUACCCUAGUGUUACACAUCAUAACUUGUCUUGAUAAACACGUGUGUCACGGCCAAUAAACAAACACACUUGAUAUCUUCAUGUCAUAGGAUCUGAUAAGUAGAUGUCUGUGAAUCAGACGCUCUGAAUGUGAAUGAUUUCUCGUGGGUAUUAUGAAUGGAAUUCUUUGAAGUUUAACCAAAUCUACAAGCAUGAAGCAAUAUCGUUUCUGUGCUCAGGGGAAAUAUUCCGGGUUGCUUUUCUGUCGGGUAUUGAAAUAUUUCACAAGCAGGAGAAAUGCUUCUAAACAUACAGGUGUUUUGUGAUGACGCUCUUUAACAUAUUGCCUUAAAUAUAGAUAUGAUCUAACAGUCUGGGUGUAUAUAGAGGCUAUAUUUACCAUAUUCACUAAUGUAGAUGUAGUGAACAGCUAGAGACUAAUGAAUAUAAAUUUGAUGAAUUCAUUUGUUGUUUUUAUAUCUUUCAGAACUGCGGUUAUAUUCUCUACUACAGUACACAACAUCUGAUAGUAUUAACAAUUUAAUACACAAAUUAUACACAAGUGUUUUUACUUGUAUUUUUUGUUUUUGUUUUAAGAGACUGACAUGAAAGCUUUAUUUGUUGUAUUCUAUUAAGCAAUGGCGUUAUCAUAUAGAUAUUAUGUUUAAUGUCAUACAUAUGCAAAUAUGAUUAAUGCUGCGAAGAUGAUAAUGUGCAUGUAUUUAACUAACAUUCAUAUUUACUGUCACGUGAUUAUACACUCAUUUAUUCAAUCAUGAUGUGGUGUGUGAUGAUUUCACACUGCCCCCUGCAGACUAAACACACACAUUCCUUUUUUAUUAUGUUUAUUUUGUUAUCAAACAAAAUUGACCAUUUAAAGGCACUUUAAUGAAACGCUGUAAUACAGUCUAUCUAUGCUAUCUAUGCCGUGAUAUUUAUUUUUAUUUUCACGUAGGUCUAUUUUUGGUGUAUUUACUUUUGAAAUUAAACCACAUUGUGUUUAAAAGGUGAAAAUGCCUCGAAAUCCAUUUGUGUGUAUAAAUAUGACAAAGAUUAUGUGAAUAUGAUGAGGAUCUAUUGUAUUUUACAGUCUAAAGGACAUAAAUCUGCAUUUGUCUAGAAAUAAACAAAAUCUUUCUUCAUUUGAAAUUAUAUUCAGAAGCAGCGUUCAGUCUUCUGUUAUAUUCUUUAGUUUGAGUAAGAAUUAUAAUUAUGAUGUUUGAAUAGUUUUCAGCAUGACUUUGAGAAAACUCCAUAAAGCUUCUGAGAUGCUGCUUGUUUAUAUACUGUAUGUUUGAGGUGCUUAUAUAUGUUUGAAUCGGGGUGUGUUGAGAGCUCACAUGAUGUCACAUCAUCACAAUAUCUGUGCACCCUCAGGCUGGGUUUUAAUGGGGCACUAG